UCUCGUUCGUUAUCACUUUCGUUGGAGAGAAGAGAAAAAAUGACCACGACUUCUGGAGUUAUUUCUUCUCAUCUCACAGAAGAAGAAUACGUCACUGACGCCGUUGACCACCGUGGGAUCGCCGCCAGAAGAUCUAGUACCGGUAGAUGGAGAGCCGCUUGGUUCAUAAUUGGUGUGGAAGUGGCUGAGAGGUUUGCUUACUAUGGAAUCGGAUCAAAUCUAAUAAGCUAUUUGACUGGACCACUCGGUCAAUCCACGGCGGCCGCCGCCGCUAAUGUCAACGCUUGGUCUGGAAUUGCUACUGUCCUUCCUCUUCUGGGAGCUUUUGUCGCCGACGCUUUUCUCGGUCGGUAUCGAACUAUUAUCAUCGCUUCUCUUAUCUACGUUCUGGGAUUGGCAUUUUUGACUUUAUCUGCGUUUCUGGUUCCUAUGACUAGCAAAGAUAGUACCCAAGUGACCUCUCCGCCUUCGUUUUUACUCAAUGCACUCUUCUUCUUCUCUCUGUAUUUGGUGGCUAUUGGACAAAGUGGACACAAGCCUUGUGUUCAGGCUUUUGGUGCUGACCAGUUUGAUGAAAAAGACUCUCAAGAGAUAUUUGACAGAAGCUCCUUUUUUAACUGGUGGUACCUUAGCAUGUCUGCAGGAAUCUGCCUGGCGAUUCUAGUGGUUGUGUACAUCCAAGAAGAAUUCAGCUGGGCGGUUGGAUUUGGAAUCCCAUGUGUGUUCAUGGUGAUCUCUCUUGUUCUUUUCGUGUUAGGGAGAAAGAGUUAUAGGUAUAGUAAAAGAAUUCAUGAAGAGGAGGAAAUCAACCCGUUUACAAGGAUAGCUAGAGUCUUCUUUGUAGCAUUCAAGAACCAAAGAUUGAGCUCCUCAGAAUUGGGCAGAGAUGCGUUGGAGGCAAAUUUAUCUCCAGAGAAGCUGAGUUUCCUCAACAAAGCUUUGCUUGUUCCCAAUGAUUCUGCUGAAGGAGAAAAGUCAUGUAAGUCUAGUGAUGUUGAAGAUGCCACCGCUCUCAUCAGGCUAAUUCCAGUAUGGCUUACAACUCUGGCUUACGCCAUACCCUAUGCGCAGUACUUGACAUUUUUCACAAAGCAAGGUGUCACAAUGGAAAGAACAAUUCUCCCUGGUGUGAAGAUCCCACCUGCUUCUCUUCAAGUCUUUAUUGGCAUAUCAAUUGUCCUCUUUGUCCCCAUCUACGACCGUGUUUUCGUCCCAAUCGCCAGAUCGAUAACCAAAGACCCUUGUGGCAUCACGACGCUCAAAAGAAUCGGAACUGGAAUGGUACUGUCGUGUAUCACUAUGGUAAUUGCAGCGCUGGUCGAGUCAAAGCGGCUCGAGACUGCGAAAGAACACGGGCUUAUAGACCAACCCGAAGCAACUGUUCCAAUGUCGAUAUGGUGGUUAAUCCCUCAGUAUCUGUUGCUGGGAUUGGCCGACGUAUACUUUAUAGUGGGAAUGCAAGAGUUCUUCUACAGCCAAGUUCCCACUGAGCUGAGAAGCAUCGGUCUUUCGCUUUACUUAAGCGUGUUAGGCGUGGGAAGCUUAUUGAGCAGCUUACUCAUCUCUCUGAUCGACUUAGCCACUGGAGGAGACGAUGGAGACAGCUGGUUCAACAGUAAUCUCAACAAAGCUCAUCUCGAUUGCUUCUAUUGGUUACUUGCGGUUCUUAGUGCCGUUGGUUUCCUUACGUUCUGGUUCAUUUCCAGGUCGUAUAUCUAUCGCCGGGUGGACUAAGUGUAGUUACCAAAAUUAUUCACUUGUUGUGUGACAUAUUCUAUGUAGGGGGAAAAAAAAUGAAAAUGUGUAGUUACAAAAAUUAUUGACCAGCGGAGAAACAUAUGUGUAUAAGAAAAAAAAUAAAAAUAAUAAAUAAAGACUCGUUUUGUAAA